CAACAAAAGAUGAUUUCGAAGAUUGUUGUUGGCUGCCAUAUUGAUCGUCAUUAAUGAAAAGAUGUGUUGAACUUUAGCAAAUUUUAUCGCGGUUUGUCUUUAGGAUACACUGCAAAAUUCUUAUCAUUUAUAGACGAGUGACCUUGCAAUAUGGCGACACAGGAAGGAAAGCUGCCCACAAAGGAACGCAUCCUAAAACAUGUUCCGAUGCCCCCAACACAUCGACUGACUAUAAAGGAGAUCUUAGACGCGAAUGGCAAACCGAGAGCCGAUGUGAUUAAGGCCCAUUUUAUCUUGGAAGGCCGACUUGAAGAUGAAGCUGCUCUACACAUCAUAAAUGAAGGUGCAAAUAUUCUUCGCCAAGAGAAAACAAUGUUGGAUGUGGAGGCACCUAUUACUGUUUGUGGGGACAUUCAUGGACAGUUUUACGAUCUGGUAAAGUUAUUUGAAGUUGGCGGGAACCCAGCAACAACGCGGUAUUUAUUCUUGGGAGAUUACGUCGAUAGAGGAUACUUCUCAAUAGAGUGUGUUCUAUAUUUGUGGUCACUGAAAAUUUUAUACCCUAAAACGCUGUUCUUGCUACGUGGAAAUCACGAAUGUCGGCAUUUGACUGAGUACUUCACUUUCAAAACUGAAUGCAAAAUCAAAUAUUCUGAAGCUGUUUACGAUGCUUGCAUGGAAGCAUUUGACUGCCUCCCCUUAGCUGCUCUUCUCAAUCAGCAAUUUAUUUGUCUUCACGGCGGGCUAUCUCCCGAGAUACAUACACUGGAUGACGUCAAAAAGAUUGACCGGUUCAAAGAACCGCCGGCUUUCGGACCAAUGUGCGAUAUACUCUGGUCCGACCCGCUAGAGGAUUAUGGCAGUGAGAAAACGAACGAACACUUCACACACAACAGUGUAAGGGGCUGUUCAUACUUUUACAGCUAUAGUGCAUGCUGCGAGUUUCUACAGCAAAAUAAUCUGUUGUCAAUUAUACGUGCACACGAAGCUCAAGAUGCGGGUUAUCGAAUGUACCGUAAAAGUCAGACUACUGGUUUUCCGUCGUUAAUCACAAUCUUCUCAGCACCGAACUAUUUGGAUGUUUACAACAAUAAAGCUGCGGUUUUGAAGUAUGAGAACAAUGUUAUGAACAUCCGGCAGUUCAACUGUUCCCCUCACCCAUACUGGUUGCCAAACUUCAUGGAUGUUUUUACCUGGUCCAUUCCAUUUGUAGGAGAGAAAGUGACCGAGAUGCUUGUUAAUGUACUGAACAUUUGCACCGAUGAAGAGCUUACGUCUGAUGAAGAAGACAUCGAUGAGCAAACCUCUGCAAAACGCAAAGAAAUCAUCAAAAACAAAAUACGCGCUAUUGGUAAAAUGGCUAGAGUGUUUACAGUUCUCAGAGAAGAGAGUGAGAGCAUCCUGCAGCUGAAAGGUCUAACGCCAUCAGGUGCUCUCCCAGCUGGUCUUCUAGCAGGAGGCAAGGACUCUCUUUAUUCCGCUUUAACUGAACUAGCACCAAAUCACAAAAUUGCUGGAUUCGAUGAGGCAAAGAGUCUGGAUCGAGCAAACGAACGCAUGCCGCCAAGGAAGCAGUCGCUGGAACGCAGCAGCUUGCCAAGUAAAAACAAAAUUGGUAAAGUUUGACGCAUGGACUUAAGCUUAUGAAAACAUUAAAUUUUAGUCAACUUUCACAGAUAAAAUGGCAGGAGAUUGUGUUAAAAGAAAAGCAAGGACUCCUGGUUAUAAAAAUGUCCCGGACAGGUCUACAACGCAGCUACAGAUUGUAUUGAGAUGGGUAGAUGUGCAGCGUCCUAUGCCUGUCUGUCGGUAAAAUGGCCAUUAUUUAUUAUCCAUGCAUAUACAGUCCUUUUAUCGUGUAAGAAUCUUGGCCAUUUGCUUGAAUGGCUGCUUUCUAAUAGUUUUUAUUGAACUGUCAUUGUUGUCUGCAGAUUGUUCCAGAGGUGUAUCUUGUUUCUUUUGCUUCAAAAAUUUAACAAGACUUAAUGCCAAUUUUGGUUAUAAGCAUCAAUUUUCAGUAAAUGAUAUAUCUUGUGUUCCUUUGCCUCCGAUAAUGCGCUUGCCAACAUCCUAAGCGCGUACCUACAUUCUUACUAGAACUGGCCACUUUAGACAUCAGUAGAGCCAGGGACAGCAAGAGUGUAGCAAGUCUUUGGUAAUAGCGCUAUUAACUUUAAUGCAUACCAACUAACUGUAUUAUGGAAAGUUAAAGUUUUUAUUAUUCAUUUACAGUCAAGAUAGGUGUAGUGUUCUAGACUCUUUUUUCGUUUUGCUCUGAUUUAUCUACUCCUUAGGUGUGGAAUUAAGUAAUUUACCUAACACAAUUAUUCCCUUUAUCUAUUUCACCAUCAUAACUUUGUACCAUUAGAUUAUGGUUUUUUAUCUGUUGAUACUUCGUUGUAAUUCUGUCCUGUAAUUGUACUCUCAACAUCAUCAAUGUUUCGCGGAUCUGUUUUCAUGGAGCAAUGUGCACCUCUGGAUUGAACUGUGAUUAAGGGUUGCAUGUUUUUGGUUGAAACAUUCGCUUUCAAAUGUUUUUAAUGUUUAAAGAAUGCUUGGAUACAAUAGCUUUGAAUACGGUGAUCCCAAUUCUUCAAAAUCCAUAUUGAAUUUUAAAAGUUUAGUUAGUUGUACACUUGAAACCAUUCACGGAUGCGUUUUCAUUUUUUCAAAUACGUUAGGGCCUAUGUACCUGGCCUUAGGUGGUAAUGUACUCUACUUAUAUAACUUGUUUAAAAAUGCUUACUUACGUAUUGAUUCCUGUACCGUUUCUAGUUUUGCGUUUACAUGAAGGGUUAUUUUGCUUUUGAUUUCGGUGGGAUUAUCCUUCUUCAGGUAAAUUAAGGUUGGCGAUUGAAGUGUUCUCAGUUUUUAAGGCGUCAGAAACAAAAAGCAGAUAUCAUCAUUUUUUCUCUCGUGUAAAGAGUAGGCUUAUCACUUGACACAAGCAUAGAAUUGUUGUGGCAAUGGCAUCUUCUACUAUUUACUGGAGUUACAACAUCUUAUGUGAAAAUUGUUAAGUUACUAUAUUUAAAGCACCCUAGCUUGAUCACAACCUGUUAGAGACUUCUUUCAAAUAAUCUAAAAAAGCUUUUAAAAUUGAACUAAAUGGCCAGGUUUCUAUCUGUCUAUAAUAAUUUCGUUUUUCAAUGUAAUGAUUAUUUUAAGACGACGUUAUAGAGAAUCAUAUCAAUAAGAGUGACUCAAAUUCUACGCCAACCUCCCUUUCAACAAUUUCUAGAUAAUAAUUUUUUCCCUUUUUCUCAAUAUCCAAGUUAGUUUCUUGAUUGCAAAUUUUGACCGUUGAUUAGACGUCAGUAAAAUGGCAGUUGCAUGUAAAGCACGCUUCGCAGGUAUUUGGCAGGAGGAAGAUGAUUAAGAACAAGUAAUUUUGCUUUAUGGAUAUUUCUCAAAAAUUGCUGCUA